UUGAUAAAUAAACAAAAUUUAAAUACACGAAAUUUUCUCCGUCUAUAAAAGAUAGCUUUUAUUGAAAUAACUACCGAUACAAGCAUGAAUGAAACAGAGCAAGUCAAUCUCUACGAAUGGUUGGGCACCAUCCCGUUUUCCAGGGUGAAAAAAAACCUAGCCAGAGAUUUCUCUGAUGGCGUCUUAGCGGCCGAGUUAAUCAAACAUUUCUACCCAACUCUCGUCGAUUUGCACAACUACCCACCCACAAACACGCUGGAACGUAAAAAAGUGAACUGGGCCACGCUCAAUAAGAAAGUCCUGAGAAAACUGGCUUUCCCUCUGUCAGAGGCGACUCUAAACGAAUUGGCGGCCGCCAACAGAGAAGCCAUAGAAUAUUUCUUGAGUCGACUCAGAACAACAAUCGAGACGAACCGGAAAUCGAAUCGCAUAGCUAAGAAAAAGAACAUCAGAGAUCUGAUCCACAGUUUGAAAAUUGAGGACACUGUCAUAGACGUGAAGGGUGACCAUUCUGAAGAGAAGGAACUUAUAGCAAACGGUUCUUUGUCUAGAUGUAAGUUGUCUUCAAAUACUGUUACGGUGCCAGGAGAUACCACCCAGCGAAAAGUACAAGCCCUACUUUUAGAAAAACAGGAGACGAUAAUGAAUCUGACAGCAAGGGUGCAUCAUUUGGAGUACUUAUUGCUUCAUAAAGAUCAUACCAUAAACGAACUGCGGGGGUUGAUUAAGGGGUGUUCUCAUACCAACGAUUCUAAAGAGAAGGGAGAUGGACAAAAUGUAAAAAUGAAGAAAGACACUUUUGCUUCAAAUUAAGAUACAUGUA